UUCAAAAUUGAUUCUCUCUGUUUCUUGUAUUUUUUUCCUGAGUUCUCUUCAUUCAAGACUGGCCUUCUGGAUUUCCAACUGGUUGCACUAAAAAGGCAAAGCCUUUCCGUUAAUGUGUGAUUUUUUUUAAUUUCUCCAAAGAUAGCAAGGAAUUUCAAUAAUUUAUUGUUCUUGUUUUUCAGGGCCUAAUUGGGAUGAAAUGUUAUAUCUGGGUUUAAAGAGUUUGUUGCAAAUGUGAUGAAUUAUCUUGAUUUGGGAGUUAUUUAUUUGUAUAUGUAAAGUUGAUUACUUUUCACCUGAAUUUGUUGGCUCUUAUUAAUUGUUUCAGCCUUUGCAUUAGAAGUCUAUGAUAUUGAUAUUUCUUCGUAAUCAUUGGGAUUUUUCGAAUUGGUUAAUGAAUGACAAUUGAGGAUAUUUAUGGAGCUUAAUCAUAUAGAUGGGGAGGGAGAGGAAAUAGAUAGAGAACUCUCUUUACCUAAUUUUAGGGAAAAUCGUUUACGUCAUUCGCGUUAUCCGGUGAGGCAAAAGGCCUACAUAUUUGAUGGAGAUGGGAAUUACUAUAACAAGGAAUGGGACCUUGCAGAAGGUAGAGGGGAACAGUUUUGUUGGUACCAUGUCGAGCUCCCGAAAGGGAACCAGAAACUAUCACAAUCCGCCCAAUACCUUAUUGACGUACUAUGCCCGCCCCUGAAACUUCAAGACAUUCUCUCACUUAUUAGUAAUGGACCCUUUUGUGGGCAUGUUGAUGGUGCUCUUGUCUUCAGAGUUAAUUCACCUGGUCCGGCUUCUAGCAAAUUUACAUUUAGAAUUGCAGCAAGAAUUACUGAGAAUUCAGUUAUUACUGUGUCAUUAGGUCGUGUCCCAAGAUUGGGUUUCUCGCCUGCAAAUGAGUCUCUUCUUUCAGAGAUUCCGGCUGUGGAGAGUCCGAAUCAUGGUGGUAGGGAAUAUAAGCAGAGGCGUGGGAUCGUGAUUCAGGAACAUGUUCUUGAUUUCCUCUUGACAAUGAAUCAUUCUGAGGAAGCAGAUAAUCCAGUGCCAAAAUCCGUGUCAAAUCUUGUUGUUCACAUAAUUGACACGCACAUCGAUCACCUCCAAGAUGUUGUGACCAAUCUCGAGAUCGAGCUGGACUCGGUGGAAUUUGAGUUGGAUAGAGGUGGUUUUGCUUUGAAGAAACAAAUGUUGGAUGAUAGAAGGUUCCCGAAAAUGCAUAUUGAUUUACAGCGCCUACUACAGGUAAUUGCAAAUGGAGAGCAAGUAUUUCCCCGACUCAAACAACAUUGUUUGUCGAAGGCUUGGUUUAAUAAUGAAGACAUUAACUCCUUGGAAGAGUUAAUUGGACGACUAAGGAGACUGAAGGAGAACGUUGGAUUUAUAGCCAAUCGUGUCACUGCAAUUCAGGCUAGCCUUGAUAGUUGGCAGGCCGAGCAAAUAAACAGAAAACUAUACUAUCUUUCCUUCCUCUCCAUCAUAUUUCUUCCUUUAUCAAUAAUAACAGGAGUGUUUGGCAUGAACGUGGGAGGAGUUCCAUGGACUGGGCAAAGGGACCCCGAUUUGAAGGAUGGAUUCCGCAAUGUCAUAUUACUUUGCGUAGGACUGCUCGUGGUCAUUCUUCUUUGCUUCAUUUUCCCGGCUCUGUACAGUCGUGUAAUGGCUUGGCAAAGAAGGCGAGCCUUGAGAAGAAGUUGGACUCUCAACCGGAAAUCCUUCAUUAAGAGAACAGUUGGCGGUGGAGAAAGAAAAGAAAGAGGAGGAUACCUCCGGCUCUAGGCUACAAUAUUCGCCCGGUAAAAGUUGCCAUCUUUCUCGUUUGUCCUCUUACGUUGGAUAGGAUACUCCAUUAUUUUCGUGUAUCUAAAGGAUUUGUCUACCCGUUUGCAUUGAGAAAUUGGUUCAAGAUACACAUUGUUGGACUCUGAAAUCUGUAUUCCAUUGCAUGUAUACUGAAAAGUGAGUACCAUGGCAGGGCUUUCAUAGGCCAAUAUCAUGUUUGAUGAAA